CCAGCCAGCAUGGAAUCGCACGAAUUGAGUUCUUUGACUGCAGCAACCCCAGUGAGAAGCCUACAACCAAGAAGCUUGACAAGAAAAUCAUUCGGUUGGCAGAGUGCAUUAGCAUUGUGCCCCUGCACACUGAAACAUGCCCCAAAGAGAAACAUGCUGGCAUUCAGUGUGGAGACUGAUGAGAAGAUCUACAUCUUUGCAAGUGAGCAGGAAUCCAGCAAAGAGUGGAUCAACAAGGUUGUGUGAAUGCACCUUCACGAAACCAGUUGGAGAUAUGAUGAAUGAAACGAAACGUGUAGGAGGCAAAACACCCAAACUGUCUGAUGUAGAGCAAGUGUUUGAGAUGGCAGACAACAGCAUCUAUGAAUCCAGGCAGGAAGUGAGGGAUUUUAAGGUGACAGUGCAGAAAACAGAAGCCACAGAGCGGUGUUCCCUCUCUGGAUCAUAUAUAAUGAGAGCUGACAAAGAAGGCUUAAUUCUGAAAGAUCCAGAAACUACAAAAACUUUGUUUGUUUGGCCCUACAAGUUAUUGAGGAGAUAUGGUCGGGACAAGGUGAUGUUCUCCAUUGAAGCAGGACGCCGUUGUGACUCAGGGCCAGGAAACUUCAACUUUGAGACGAAGCAAGGCAGUGAGAUAUUUCAAAUUGUGGAUGAAGCAAUCCAACAGCAGAAAGCACAAUAUGAUGACAAUGGGCAGUGUUCCUCUUUGGAUUCUGAUUCAUCUGCAAUCCAGCAGAUUCGCAAUGCUAUUGCAGAGUCCAUGGCAGGAGCAGGUACAACAGGGCGAGCACCUCAGAUCAUAGAACCUGAGACAGACUCAGUCAGAAACCCAGGAUCAGGAAGUAGGCCUAAUUCAGCAGACGGUAUCUUCAUAAAGAAAGACAGCUCUCAGUCAGAGGACAAGGAGAAAAUGUUAAAAAAUCGAAUUUUGCCUGAACCUCCAGGCAUGUCAUCAAAACCUGCGAUCAAGAACAAAUUGCCCAGAUCCAUAAACCUUCCAGUUGAACCGUCAACAAAUGACAAUUCCAGUUUAUACUCUGAACCUGUUGAUUCUGUGAAACCGUGUCUGCAUCUUGAAGAUUCCUUCUAUUCGAUUCCUGUGGACAGCAUCAAUACUUGGACUAAAGUUAUCCCCACCACAGAGGAGGAACCUCGAAAACCAUCUAAAGGUGAACCUCUCUACUCAGAUAUUUAUGAUAAUGUAAAUGCAGAUCUUGAAAGCAAGAUAGCUGCGCUGAGAAUUGAAGUGGUACCCAGAAAUGUAACUGUUAAUCCAGAAGAGCAUAUUUAUGAUGAACCAGAAGGUAGAGCCAAGCUUCCAGCCCCACCUGAAUCCACACUUUACGACGAGGCAAGAAUAGCAGGUAAUGCAUGGAUCAAGCAAGGUUUGGAAGAGCAGACAAGCAAUGAGAUUACAUACAAUUCCAGCACCAAUGACUACCCAGUACCAUCAAGUGGGAAGCAGCAACCUCGUCCAAAGGGACCAAAACCAUUACCAGCACCAAAACCUCAGAAAAUUGCAAUACCUAAGAAGGAGUUACCAAAACCAUUGGUACAAACCAACUUGAACAAUUCCAAUAACAGUCACAUUUAUGGCCAGGUGAUUAAAGUCAAGCCACCCAAAAAGGAGUCUGAGAACUCCAUGGACGGGUCUUUGAGUACAGAUCCUAUAUAUGAAGAUCUUGGAAGUAUUUAGACUGGGCUGGGAGAGAACAAUUCUGAGCAGUUAUAAUUAAAGCUGAUUAAAUGCUGGAUGAAUUUAUGCAUCACAUUGCUUUAACGGCUACAGAUGAACUUUUGACAUGUCAUUUCUUGGAUGGAUAGCUGAAUGGACACAGAUUUGUGCCACAUUUGUACAGUAGUGAAAGAAAGAUAGAAAGAAAUAGUUAUGAGAUGGUUAAGUUUUAUAGUUGUAAAUGAAGCUGUUUGACACAGCAGUAUUGUUCCAGUUGUUCUGUAGUCUAGCCAGUCUCAGUGUGCUCUGUCUUG